AUGGGGAAACUCAAACACUGCACCACCGGCGUGCCAGCCGCUUCGAAGGGGGCGCAGCACAAUCAACACAAUCAACACAAUCAACACAAUCAACACAAUCAGCACGAUCCUCUACAUCAGCAACUAGGGUUCUUUGGCCUGCUGCCUAGCAUUGCGUCUCUCGUAUGGUCAUGUUCGUGUAUAUGCGGUGUCUCCCUUUGUUUAUUGGCGGGAAACAAGCUGCACGGGGAGGGGCCGUUUGCAACUGAGGCGGUUGCAGCCGCGGCACUAGCAGGAGCAGGAGGCUCCCGAUGGCUGUUGCGCGGCACAUAUGAAUUGAACGCUGCCGCUUACAACACGUGUGUUGCCCACAACGGUAACAGCAGAUCGCUAUGCGUUGCCGUGUCAGGCGCAGGGGGCGGCAUCUGUCUCCUCGUUUGCCGUUUGCUGCUGCAGCGAGGAUUCGCUGUUGUUGCUUGCUGCGCUUCGGCAGCAGAUGCUGCGCGCACUGCCUCGCGGCUGCAUCACGCCUCCGACUGCCCCCGAGCACACCAGCAGCAGCAGACAAGCAGUCCACAGCUCUUCCCAGACUUACCAGAAAACGGCUUCGACGGGGGAGGCGCCUUCAAGAAUUGGUGCAGCCACUGCGGAUUCGCUGUAGUCAUAUGGGAUGUGCAAAGCAGCAGCGAGACAGAGGGGGCCCUGCGAGCAAUCGAAUGCAUCGUUAGGAAGGUUUUAGGAGCUUCGAGGCUGUAUGCUCUCGUAUGCGGAGCCGGUGUAUGGGCUUCAUUUCCUCUGCAAGGACGUGCAUCUGGCUGCGCUCCUGUGGAUUCUGACGCUGCUCGCGUGAAGCCUUCCAGUGAAGCAGCAGCGGAUGUCGUGGAAAGCCGCACUGCGGAGCCACCCGCAUCCUCAGGAGGCCUCUGGGAGGCUCUCCUGGACUGUGCCGCCUCCUUAUUCGGUUUUUCGCCUGCCCUUCCAAGCCGCAUUGUUGUUCUUGGCUCCGCAGUCGCUGCUGCAGCGCCUCCCGGGCAGAGUGUAUAUGCAGCCACCAAGGCAGCAGUGGCAGCAGCCUGCAGAGGCCUCAGUGCUGAGCUAAGAGGCACUGGCGUGCGUGUCGUCAGCGUUGGAUUUGGUGAAGAAGCACCAGCAGCUCUGCCAAAUGUGGCGGUGGCUGCGGAUGUGCGCGCCGCUGCAGAACCCGGAGCAGCGGCAACGGAUCUAUUUUCGCGUCGGCCUUUUUCAGCAUGCAAAAUGCCUUUUCAGAGAGGUUCUCAGCAGCUCCUAACGCUGCGUGUCGCUGCCCUUUUUUCUACCCCCGAGGUGCCGCAAACUCGUGCGAGAACGUCCCAGAGAAAAGGGUCCCCUGGUGCACCUAGCUCUCUUCACUGCUCCGCCUUCGUGAGGCUCUGCGCCUCAUGCGAAAGGCAGGAGGUAAUAACCGCGUGA